UAGUUUUGUGUUUCCUGUGGUGUAGUGGGAGGGGUUUUACAAAAUACAGUGAGUCAGUUUGAUCCAAAGGGACUGAUAGGAUGCAGAGAGUGGUGAGUCUGUGGUCUCUGCUGGUCCUGGGGUCGGCCUGCAUGGUGCAAGCGGUCCCUGUGAUCCUAGAACCUCUUGUCCUCACACAGGAGAACUUUGAUCUUGCCCGAUUCAUGGGGAAGUGGUUUGAGGUGGCAGUGGUUUCUACUUGUCCUCACUACAUGCAGCGCAAGAGGGGAAACCCUGUCAUUGUUGCACUGGAGCUGCAACAUGUGGCCUCUGAUGGCAACUUCACAAUGACAGCCACUAGUUUCAGGAAUGGCUCAUGUAAGAAGACGUCUACAGAUUAUAGUUUGACCAACACUCCGGGAAGAUUCUUCCACCAUGUUGCAAGGUUUGCAGCAGAUGUUGAUUCCUUCGUGGUUCAUUCCAACUAUGAUGAAUACGCUAUGCUUCUUCUGCUGAGCAUAGAGAAACCAUCAGGAAAUAAAACCACCUCAUUCAAGCUUUAUAGUCGAAGUAUGAGUGUGAGGCCUACUGUGCUGGAUGACUUCAAAACGCUGGUCAGACAACAUGGUGUGAGUGAUGAAGCUAUCAUCAUGAAUCAGAACAAAGGUGUGUGUGUUCCAGGUGAGCAGGUAACCGAGCCCGUCACAGCUCAGCCUCAGAUUUUUCUACCCAAAAGAUGGAAAAGAAAUACGGUGCCACCUGUGGUUCCUGCGCAAGAGGAGGACGCUGGUAAUGUUUGACCAGAUCGCAUGGAUUAACUGAAGAGGAGGAUCAUCACACAAACCAGACUAUCAUGUUGUCACAUGAUUUUUUUUCUCAAUGGAUACAAAGAAACGUUUGUGAGUGCAGUCUUUAUAUAGGAUACAUACUGUAUAAACACCAUAUGCUGCUAUGUAACUACUUGUUACGCUACAUUUAUUCGUAAUGUAGGUACUGUAUAUCUUAUACUGCAACAUUAGACGGUAUUGUAUUGAGACAAACAUGUCUCAACAAAAUACUGUUGAGACAUGUUUGUCUAAACCUCUAAUUUCUAAAAGCAUAAAAUAAACUUAAGAAAGAGUGCAAAAAGCCAAGGAAUCUUAUUAUUUCUUCAUUGCUUAUCAGGAACUAGAAAGAAGUUUAAUUUAAUAAUGAUUAAAGAAAAUUGGUUUGGAGUUACAUGUUUUAUUUAGAUUGACUGGUCAAAGUUUACAUUCUUACUCUUAAUCAUCUUUGAUAAUCUAUGUUUUAAUGAUUCAUAGAGGACUCUGAUGAACUUCUCUGACUACUAAUGAAAAAAUGACUCUUUGGAUGGAAGCAAUAACUGAGGCCUAGCAAGAGAAUGCAAUGCUGCUAGAGGGUAUAACUAUAUACCUGUAAAAUGUGAAUAUGAUUUCUCAUAUAAAGUCAUCCAACAGCAUUGUAAAAUCUGAAUUACUGUUCUUUCUUUCAAAAAAAACAUUUACAUGUAUAUAACACACACACAAUCCAUGAUACAAUAUUAUGUUACUUGUUAGUCUCUCUUAAAUCAUGGCAUGUAUUGAUUUGUUGAUGUAGCAAAAACUGUUAAGUCCAAUGCUUAUGUGGUCAGCUGAAGGCAAGUCCGAGCACAAAGUGAGAGACAGAGAGCAGAACUUUGCUCUUUUACUUGUUUGUUUUCUUCUUGGAUGUGGGAGUGAGCACACAAAAA